AUGUUUUCAAUAUUGUCCAUUUCUCUUUUUUUUCUGCACAGGAACGGUGAUUUCUCUUCUUUUUUUUGCCUCGGACGUCUACUUUUUUUAGGCGACGCUCCGUCCCAUUCGUCGUAUAGCAAUGUCUUUGCCUGUCUGGGCUCGCCUUCGUCGGUCUCCAGCUCGUUUUGGCAUCAGCCUGUUUGUGGUGUAGUGGUACAUUCUGUUCAUGAUUGCUUCUUUUUCGUGGAGUACGACUUUCCACGGUUCGCUGUUGCUGGUGGAGAUGCACGGCGUCCGUCUAAGCAGUCUCUCAUUUUGAUGUUUGACGUUGACGUACGUCUCCGUCCCCUCGAGGAUGCACUUGGCCUCCUCGACGUUUUGGGGUGUGAACCACAUCUCGUCAGUGUAGAUCAUCGUCUUGUCCACGCAGGUUCCAAACGUAAAGUUGUCCGACGCCUGACAUCUCAUCCUGCCGCAGUUCAUCAGGCCAUUUCUUAUCGACCUGAGGACGUACGACUUUCCCGAGUUGCUGACACUGGUUAUGUGCAGGGAGUUUACUUUGGGCAUUAUUUUGUGGCAUACUCUGAACGUGUCUCUCGCAAAUUGGUCGAUGUCAAACCGUGGUGUAUGCCCCACUCUUCGAGUAUGUUGAGAGACUGGACGAUGCUCCAGUAUCUGUCUUUGUCUCGUAAAAAAUUUGCGCAUGUUGGCGAUCUGCUCCCAGAUUGGUGUGACUUUACACUCUAUGUUGACGCCUGUGGCUGCCGCCGUUAUGAUGGUGUUUACGUUAGCGGUGUUUUUAUAGAAAUCGUCCCACUGUUCGCCGUGCUAUUUUUGCAGUACACUAUGACAUCUCCCAAGUCAGUGCUGUUGCACUUUUUCAUCAUUUUCUUUACAAAUUCGUAUCUUUUGUCGAUCAGUUCAUCUCCGCUGUUGCCGCUGUCACACUCUUUAGGUUGUUUUGCCGUCAGCUGUCUCGGCAUCGUCUUUUGCCCAUCCGUAGUGAUGUUCCCGCAUGCCACAACCUUGCGCACAUCUGCGUCGCUGAUCAGAUACUUCGCUAGACCGUACGGGUUGUAUACUCUCUGA